GCAGUAGUCCUUCCCCCGGCGUCCAGCGCUCUUCCUGAGGCACAGCUGCGAGCGGCGGCGACGGCGGCGACGGCGGCGACGGCGGCAGCGGCUCCUUCAUCCGGGUCUCCGGGGCUCCCAUAUUCUGCAGAGGAUGCCAAACGAGACUACUCAACGCUUGGGUCAAACUGAAGAGAAAAAUUAUUUAAAUGGCCAGUUUUUCAGCAAUGCUGAAGAAACAGCCUUCGGUCCAGAAGAUGGUGCAACUCUUGAUAAAAUGGAAGAAAAUUUCACCUCUUCUGCUUGUGAUGAUAGGCCAUCCACUUCUUCAGUGGCUGGUGUGUUUGAAGUCCCAAGGAAAGGACAGCCAUUGUUGCAUAUAAACAGACAGCAAAUUCAGUCUGUGGAGCACAGCGCUCAAGCAAUUGAACUCAAAGGUUUGGGAGUUGAUGUCUAUGACCAAGACGUAUUAGAGCAAGGAGUGCUUCGACAGGUAGAUAAUGCAAUUAAUGAAGCUAACAGGGCAGCUCAGCUAGCUGAAGCAGAAAAAGAAUACCAUUCAGUUUUAGAUGAUCUCCGGUCAUGUACAACAUCUCUAAAGCAAAUUGAUGCAAUUAUUGAGCAUCUUAGUCCUCAAGCUCUCAACAACAAAGACAUCAACAGAAAACUAGAUUCUGUAAAGAGACAGAAAUGUAACAAGGAAAAACAACUAAAGAAGAUUAAAGCCAAACAAAAACGUCUUCAAGCCAUCCUUGCUGGAACAGAGAGAAAUAUUGAAGCACAUCUUGUGGAUUUAGAAGAGGAUGAAGAGCCUGGGCCAUCAUCUCUUGGGAGUAUGCUCAUGCCAGUUCAGGAAACUGAAUGGGAAGAGCUCAUUCGGACUGGCCAGAUGACCCCUUUUGGCACACGGAUCCCUCAGAAUCAAGAGAAAAAGCCUAGAAAAUUAAUGCUUAAUGAAGCAUCAGGCUUUGAAAAAUAUUUGGCAGAUCAGGCAAAAUUAUCAUUUGAAAGGAAGAAGCUAUGCCUACAGAAAAAAAAGAAGAAAAUUCAGACUUCAGUUGAUUCAAAUGUGAUACCAACUUCAGAUAAACAAGAAAAGAACAGGACCAAUGGGAAGCAACUGAAAACAGAUAAGCGUUUGAAAAAACAUAUCAAGAAACUUCAAAGGAGGGCUGUUCAGUUCCAGGGUAAAGUAGGAUUUCUAAAGGAAAAGAAACCAUUGGAACCAGAGAAGUCCAAGUAUGAUCAAGGAGAUGAAAGUGAAGAUUCAGAGUAUAUACCUGAAGAUGAACUUCUCUACACUGAAGAGGAGGACGAAGAGGAAGAACUGGCACUCCAUACUACAAAUAAGCGUGAUCAUAAGCUGAAAUCUUUAUCUAAGCACAGGAAGCAGCAGAAUAAAAUUCCAACAGAGGAAAUUGAUGAUGACUAUCUUCCCAGCUCCGGAGAAGAAGAACCCAUGGGAAGAAACGGCAAAAUCAAGAGAUGCCGAGAUGAUGGAGAUGAAGAUUGCUAUAAACAACGGUUAAGGAGGUGGAACAAACGGAGAUUGGAAGAGAGAGAGCAACAUAGAAAGGCUGAAGAAGAAUCUGAGGAAAGCGAUGCUGAAUUUGAUGAAGGUUUUAGAGUGCCAGGUUUUUUGUUCAAAAAGCUUUUUAAGUACCAGCAGACAGGUGUUAGGUGGCUGUGGGAAUUGCACUGCCAGCAGGCAGGAGGAAUUCUGGGAGAUGAGAUGGGAUUGGGCAAGACCAUCCAGAUAAUUGCCUUCUUGGCAGGUCUGAGCUACAGCAAGAUCAGGACUCGUGGUUCAAAUUACAGAUUUGAGGGAUUGGGUCCAACUGUAAUUGUGUGUCCAACAACAGUAAUGCAUCAGUGGGUGAGAGAAUUUCACACUUGGUGGCCUCCAUUCAGAGUUGCAAUUUUACAUGAAACUGGAUCAUAUGCAAACAAAAAGGUGAAACUCAUCCGAGAAAUUGCAAGAUGUCAUGGAAUUUUGAUCACUUCAUAUUCCUAUAUUCGAUUGAUGCAAGAUAAUAUUAACAAUCAUGACUGGCAUUAUGUGAUCUUGGAUGAGGGACACAAAAUCCGAAACCCAAAUGCUGCAGUUACACUUGCUUGCAAACAGUUCCGUACUCCUCAUCGGAUUAUCUUGUCUGGAUCUCCUAUGCAAAAUAACCUCAAAGAACUAUGGUCUCUCUUUGACUUUGUCUUCCCGGGAAAACUGGGAACAUUGCCAGUAUUCAUGGAACAAUUUUCUGUUCCAAUUACCAUGGGAGGGUAUUCAAAUGCUUCCCCUGUACAGGUUAAAACUGCUUAUAAAUGUGCAUGUGUUUUACGAGAUACCAUAAACCCAUAUCUACUGCGUAGAAUGAAGUCAGAUGUAAAAAUGAGCCUUUCAUUGCCAGAUAAAAAUGAACAGGUCUUGUUUUGCCGUUUGACAGAUGAGCAACGUAAAGUAUAUCAGAACUUCAUAGAUUCCAAAGAAGUCUACAGGAUUCUUAAUGGAGAAAUGCAGGUUUUUUCAGGACUUGUAGCAUUACGAAAAAUAUGCAACCACCCUGAUCUCUUCUCUGGAGGUCCCAAGAUUAUAAAAGGUAUUCCAGAUGAUGAAUUAGAGGAAGCUGACCAGUUUGGCUACUGGAAACGCUCUGGAAAAAUGAUAGUGGUUGAAUCUUUGCUAAAAAUAUGGCACAAGCAGGGUCAUCGAGUGUUACUGUUUUCUCAAUCAAGACAGAUGCUACAUCUACUUGAAGUAUUUCUUAGAGCACGAGAAUAUUCCUACCUCAAAAUGGAUGGUACUACUACAAUAGCUUCGAGACAGCCACUUAUCACGAGAUACAAUGAGGAUACUUCCAUAUUUGUAUUUCUUCUUACCACUCGUGUGGGUGGUAUAGGAGUCAACUUGACAGGCGCAAAUAGAGUUAUUAUCUAUGACCCUGACUGGAACCCCAGCACAGAUACACAGGCUCGAGAGCGUGCUUGGAGAAUAGGCCAGAAGAAACAAGUGACUGUUUAUAGGCUCCUUACUGCAGGUACCAUUGAAGAAAAGAUUUAUCACAGGCAAAUCUUCAAGCAGUUUUUAACAAAUAGAAUCCUGAAAGAUCCCAAACAAAGACGUUUUUUCAAGUCCAAUGAUCUCUACGAGCUGUUUACUCUCAGUAGUCCUGAUGAAUCUCAAGGCACUGAAACCAGUGCUAUUUUUGCAGGAACUGGUUCAGAUGUUCAAGCACCUAAACAGCAUUUGAAAAGAAAAUUUCAUAGCUCCUCUCCUGUUGCUGACAGAGAAGGUGUGCACCAAGCAGAUGUUUCUCCAGAAUGCAGCACAUUAUCUGAUGCCAACAUUUCUGAAGCCAUUGCUGGUUCAUCUCAAGGAAAAUAUAAGGAUAAAGGAACGGGUGUAAAUUUAGGAACUUUUAACCAAAGUAGCCUUUCAAUGGAGAGUGUUGAAGCUCAUCUUAGAGAAGAUAAGUGUGCACAUAUGAAUACAUUUUCCAUGCCAGAUGAACCAUCAAAGACUAUCAUGACUUUAGGGAAUGGGGAAAAUUUAAACUCUUCACGUAUCACUGAAAACUUCAAGACAACUGGUGGUGAAGGUUUAGAUACAAAGCAAGACCUUCCUUGUGAGAAGAGAAGCUUACAGGCCAAACUGGAUCACAGUCUUGGGAGUGAGCAGACUGAGAACCGCUUCUGUAAACACAAGUCAAAAACAAAGCAUCACCUUGUGGAAGGAAAGGAGACUCGAAAGCACAAAGGGCAGAAGCAGAACUCUAAUGCAUCCAGACAUUCCAAAGAUGCCAAGUUUGAAGGAACACGCAUCCCAUACCUGGUUAAACAAAAACAGUACCAGAAGCAUGAUGAUGAGAAAGAGGAAAAUGAGCAAAAAAAUGAUGAUUAUGUUCUGGAAAAGCUUUUCAAAAGAUCAGUAGGCGUUCACAGUGUCAUGAAACACGAUGCUAUUAUGGAGGCUUCCAGUCCGGAUUAUGUGUUAGUGGAAGCAGAGGCAAAUCGAGUAGCCCAGGAUGCAUUGAAAGCACUGAAGAUGUCUCGUCAGCGGUGUUUGGGUGCUGUCUCUGGUGUGCCCACGUGGACAGGCAGUAAUGGUCUGUCAGGUGCACCAGCUGGAGGAAAGAGAUUUGGGCAGAAAAGGAAUCCUAGCUUGCUUGCUCCACAGUCUUCUUCAAAGUCGACGAAAGAGAGGUGUCAGAAUGCUGAUGUGAAGAAAGAUGAAAAAAGUGCCACUGGAACACAUUUUAGUGGGAAAAUAGAAGAUGGAGAAUCUUCAUCUGGUGCUUUAGCUUCAUCAUCACUGUUAGCUAAAAUGAGAACUAGAAACCAUCUUAUUUUGCCACAGAGAACGGAAAAUGAAAAUACCAACUUUCAGCAGGCUUCUGCCCCACUGCCCACUGCAACAGAGCAUGAUGACCUUUUGGUAGAAAUGAGGAACUUCAUAGCCUUCCAGGCCCGUACUGAUGGACAGGCAAGCACACAAGAGAUACUGCAGGAAUUUGAAUCCAAGUUAUCCACAUCACAGUCUUGUGUAUUCCGAGAACUGCUGAGAAAUCUCUGCACGUUUCAUCGAGGUUUGAAUGGUGAAGGUGUAUGGAAGCUGAAGCCUGAGUUCUGCUGACCAAGGCUUUCAAUGGAUCUCUUAUUGAAAUUUGUGGAUGAGUUUUAUUAACGUGUAUGUUUGUAUAGAGUUUGAGAAAAUGAUGUAAACACAGACCGCUUUAUAUUUACUUUAUACUGAAUCUACCUCAUACCUGCAGCUUUAAGGAAGAAGAAAUUCUUAUCCAACUUUGAAACUGCUGUCAUGAUACUGACGAAAAGUCAUGAUGCUGACUAAAAAUUAUCUUUAAAAAAUUGCAAUAAGAGCUGUGUAGCAGAGAGGCAGCAUGGCAUAACUGAAAUCAGGAAAAACUGGGGUCAUACCCUGCCUCUGGCCUUUAUUCACUGUCAGACCCAGGAGCAGUCACUUAACCUCCAUGUUCCUCAGGUGACCACUUCCUAGCACUUCUCUACUAAGUUAAAUCAAGAUCUGCUGAGGUAAAUUGGUGGAGGGACCUCUCAUACCAGGAUCUGAUGCAGAUCCUUUGCAUAUUUGGUAAGAUCUGUGGAUGUCUUCAGGGACCUAACACUUAUCUCUUGAAGUUCCUUUGUUCUGUACAUUUGGUGAGCAUUCAUGAAAGAAUAUCAGGGAAAACAUCAUUGUUUGUUAUUAUAAAACUCAUGUAAUAGGAUCUCAAGAAUAUUAGGUUAU